AAUAAACUUGUUAGCAAAAAAUAAUCAAUCUUGCAAUUCAAUGAAUAAUAUUCUUAUAAAUAAGUUGUUCCAAUUUUCAUUAUGGCUCCUAUUGAUAAUGUUCUUCUCUACUACAAUUACCUCAGGUUGCUCGGCAACAGCAUCAUCAUGGCUCCUCCGGCAUAAAAUCCGACAUCAAUUACAGGAUACUUAUAGCUCCUCCACCGCAAUGAAAGCUACUACACGUAAAGAUUUGGAAAUCUUAUACUAUCCUCAAACAAUAGAUCAUUUCAAUUAUCAACCAGAAAGUUAUAUGACAUUUAAACAAAAGUACAUGAUUUAUUCCAAGUAUUGGGGAGGAGCAAAGGCGAAUUCGCCUAUAUUUGUGUAUCUUGGAGAUGAGCAAGCAAUGCCCGAUAAUCAAAUUGAUGGGUUAAUUCUUCCAGACUUUGCAGCUAAACUUAAGGCUCUUGUGGUUAUUAUUGAGCAUCGAUUUUAUGGAGUGUCAAAACCAUUUGGAAUGUCAAUGGAGGAAAUCAUUAAAAAUGCAACCGUUCGCGGGUAUUUCAAUUCUGCUCAGGCUAUAGCUGAUUAUGCUGAAGUUAUUUUGGAUAUCAAGAAAAGAUUAAAUGCACAUUAUUCACCGGUUAUUGUUUUUGGAGGUUCUUAUGGUGGAAUGCUUGCUUCAUGGUUCCGACUCAAAUAUCCCCAUAUUGCUCUUGGAGCUCUAGCAUCCUCAGCUCCUGUGCUAUAUUUUGAUGACAUAAUUUCGCCUGAUCGUGGCUACUUCUUCGUCGUCACUAAGGAUUUCAAAGAAGCCAGUAAGAGUUGCUAUAAAACCAUCCAAAAAUCGUGGGCCGAAAUCGACAAAAUUGGAUCAAACCCAAAUGGGCUCUCUUACCUUAGUAGACUAUUCAAUACUUGUAUGCAAUUGCAGGAUACAAAGACAUUGAAGGAUUACUUGGAGAAUAUAUAUGAAGUAGUAGCGCAGUAUAGUAACAUGAAGAAAAGCCCUUCCAUUAUUUGCAAAGGAAUAGAUCAUCAAGGAAAGAAUGGGAAGAAUGACAUACUUGGUCGUAUUUAUCAAGGCGUUGUUGCUUAUCUAAAUGGAACUCAACAUAAUUGUACCAAUACUAAUUACUUUCAGCAAUCUUUAGGUGAAACUGGUGUUGGAUACACGUGGCAGACAUGUAGCGAGAUGGUGAUGCCGAUAGCUCCGGGUACGAGCAAAAGGUCUAUGUUUCCUCCUCAAGCUUUCAAUUUGCAAGACUUCAUGCAAAGUUGUAAGAGCAACUACAAUGUUAUGCCUCGUCCAAAUUGGAUAACAACUUACUACGGUGGACAUGAUAUGAAACUGGUCAUUGAAAGAUUUGGGUCUAACAUUAUUUUCUCUAACGGACUCAAAGAUCCUUACAGCAGUGCAGGGGUGUUGCACAACUUAAAUAACAACAUUGUUGCUCUUUACACAACAGAAGGAUCACACUGCAUGGACAUAGUUACAGCCAAAGAAGAUGAUCCUAAAUGGUUGGUAGACCAACGAAAAAGAGAAAUUGAGAUCAUUACUGGGUGGAUCCAAAAAUACCAAGAGGAUCUUAAUGGUAGCGCUUUUGGGCAGAAGCAGGGUAAGCGAUUGAACAAGACCCCAAAUUUUAGGGAUUCUCAAAACUCAGAUAUAGUUUAAUUAGCUUUCCAAACAUAUGGUAAAACAAAGUUGGAGUUAAGAUGUUGUUGUGUAAUAUGCCUUGUAACAAUUGCUUUCUUUUUUAUUUUGGCGAUCUAUAUAUCACAUUAAAUGACAGUUGGAAGCCAUCUGGCUGUCUCAUUCCUUUUUA